CAGCAGGCAAGAACAAAGCCAGAUGUGGAGGCUGAACUGAUGGCUGAGAGCCUGAAGAUGCGAGGGAGAGGUUAGUGAGCUGGCUGCUGAGAAAGACACUGAAGCCAGAGCAGAGGAGGCUGCAAAACACUAAAGACAGGAUGGCCCUGGGAAUCUAUCCAAACAUUUAGCAAAAGUGACAAGAGGCAUGGUCACAAAAACACCAACCUGGCAGAGUGGAAACAUCAGUUCUGAGGAUAUGUAGUGGUCUCAUUUGAAGAACUGACUGCAGCUGGUAAGGUUCUGCUUUGACCCCAACACACCUCUUUCAACAACUACAAAACGAGCAGACACAUCCCUACAGAGAAAAGGAGAAAGGGAAAGAGGAAGAGAGAGACCUCUGAAAGUGAUAGAAGGUCAGCCUGACCCAGAAUUAGAUGCUGAGGGUGAGUCACUGGCUCAAUGUCUUGUACGGCUGCUCUGGGACUUCCCUGCACUUCCAUAUGAGUACACAGAGAGCAGCAGCAAGUCUCCCCUUCAGUGGCAACAGAAAUGUGGCCCAGCUGUUCUCCUGAUUUCUUAUUUUGGCACACUUGUUUGAAUGUCUUGGAACGACUCCACAAUGUUAAUGUUGCUUUGAGGAAGAUCGUGUGUAUGUUGAAGCCCACUAAAGAGAUCAUCCAUGACCCAGAGACAGGAGCCAUGAAAAUCAACACAAUCACUACCUUCAAGAAUUUCAGCAUGGAUUUUAAUAUUGGAAAAGAAUUUACUGAGGACCUGAGGAUAGUGGAUGGCCGUACCUGUCAGACUACAGUAGAUUGGGACGGCGACAAGCUGGUUUGUGUACAGCGAGGCGAGAAAGAGGGACGAGGCUGGACGCACUGGCUGGAGGGCGACAAGCUGCAUUUGGAAAUGAGAGUUCAAGGCGUCGCAGCAAAGCAAGUCUUCAAGAAGGCUGAAUGAAGUCACUGAAAAUGUUUUACAGUCAAUAGUCUCAUUUUAAAGGUAGCCGGUACGAGAGUCGUGUAUAUAGCAUUAUUUAUUAACAAUAUAUUUGAAGUACAACAGCAAAACUGAAUAUUUGUGGAAAAAAACAUUGUUCUGAGAGAAGAGAGUUGUAGAGCUUUUGUAAAGGUCUUUCCCUAUGUUGCACAAUCUUAUAAAGAAGUGGUGCAUCUGU